CCCCAGACUUCCGGAAGGAAUAUGAAUCAUCACAGUAAGACACGCUGGCGCAAUUCGUGCAACAUAACGUAAGCAGACCGAGUUUGUCUGUCAAGCUUUUCACCACAUCGUAUGCGUACGGAAAAGUAGUGAAGAAAUCUUGUAGGAGUCACGCACUUGUCAGUAGAUCACAAUGAGGGCUGUAUUAUUAGUUCACGGUGGAGCUUGGGCUAUACCAGAUAUUCUUGCUGAUGGAAGUAUUGAUGGAGUGAAAAAAGCUGCGAAGGAGGGAUUUAUUAAGCUGGAAAAGAGUGGAAGUGCAGUUGAUGCUGUGGAGGCUGCUGUUCGAAUCCUGGAAGACAUUCCAGUGUUUGAUGCAGGUCAUGGUGCCGUGCUGAAUGCUGAUGGUGAUGUGGAACUGGAUGCAAUUAUCAUGAAUGGUAAAACACUCGCAGCUGGAGCAGUCUCCUGCGUCAAAAACAUUUCAAAUCCAGUGACAUUGGCUCGAUCAGUCAUGGAAAAGACAGACCAUGUAAUGCUUACUGGGACUGGAGCAAAUAAGUUUGCAGAAAAACAAGGCAUUCCUCAGGUUCCUACAGAAGAACUGGUAACGCAGCAUGCAAGAGCUGAAUGGAAGAUGUAUCAGAAAUACAACGAAUCUGUCACAAAUUUGUUUAACACCCAAAUGGUUCAUGAUACAGUGGGUGCUGUUGCUGUAGAUUAUGAUGGCAAUGUUGCCUGUGCCACUUCCACUGGAGGAAUUACUAACAAGAUGGUUGGACGAGUUGGCGACACACCUGUUAUAGGCUCCGGAGGCUAUGCUGAUAAUAACAUUGGAGCAGUGUCUGCCACUGGCCAUGGUGAAUCCAUCCUGAAAGUAAAUCUUUCCAGACUUGUCCUGUUUCAUAUGGAACAAGGAAAAAGUCCAUUGGAAGCCGCUAACACUGCUCUAUGCUACAUGGAGGAUCGAGUGACUGGUCGAGGAGGAGUAAUUGUCGUAAAUACCGAAGGAGACUGGGCGGCACAAUUCAGCACAAACCGAAUGGCCUGGGCAUGCGUUAAAAGCAGGAAUUUGUUCUGUGGCCUCAACCCAGGAGAAUGCUUCAAGGAAUCUCUUAUAUAAGCCCUAUUUGUUAAAAAUUCUAGUUUUGUAAUAUUUUGCAGGACUGAACAUCCCAUUUUAAAAAUUAGAAUACAAAUAAUUGUUUCUGUAACUUAUGUUUAAUUAUAUUAAUUGUUGCUUCUCAGAGGAAAUAUGAAAGAUUGUUUACUAAAUGCAUUUCUUAUUCAUUUAUCUUCUUAACAAAUCCAUCCGGCCUAAUAAAUCGGCAUUGCCUAGUUUGCUAAAGUACUUUGCCCCUAUUUGGCCUUCAUUAUUUCCUGCUGCUAUUAUUCUCAGUCAGUAUACAGUGAACCCUUCAUCAAAUUUUACAAUUUCUUUCACUUACCUUUUGAUACAUUUAGUUUGUUUUCUAUUCACAGUUUUGUGUGGCUUCCUUAAUAAUUCCUCCAUUUUCUUUAUGCUCUUUCCCUUUGAGGACUGUUCUAAAUGCAUGUGGUGUCAACGUGCUUUUGAAACUGACCAUCACUGCCACUCCUAUAUCGUCUGCUUAGGAUUAUACCUUCAGGUAGCUGUGUGGAUAAUUAUUUUAUUUAUUGCGUUUGUUAACCGGGAAAGUCUUCUGGGCCUUCAGCAUCAGAGACGGUAAACGAGUACAGCAUUUGACCAGCUGCAAGAUUAGAUUUUUCAACUUUCAGCAUCAUGUGUUUUUGGAUCUUAGUGGCCUGACUGGGUGGUAUGUAGUCAAUAAGAAGGAGAGGGAGGGGCAUGUUGAAGGCUUGUAUAUGAGUUUAUGUGCAGUGGUUAAUUGUGAAUAAUUGAGGCAGUGUGGGAGUUCAAGCCAGUUUAGCUGUUGUAGAGAUAAGCAGUGGUGUGCUGAGGUUUUAGAAUUUGUUACAAAUUUGGCAAUCUUUUUGUAACAUGAGUCCAGUUUGGUUUUUAGGGAGGACUGGAUAUUGAUGAGGAUUGGGGCACCAAUGUAUGCUGCCAGUUCCGUUUGCUUGGUGGACAGUAUUUUUAUUUAAAAUCUGUUUAGUCAGAUGCAUUUGACCGACUAUACAGAUGGUUGAGUGGUAUGAGAGACUGCACAGUUCUUAGGGUUGGGGAAUAGUCCAUCUCCUCAAUUAUAUGUGACCUUGGAAGUAUAUAAAGUUAGCAUGGGAAAUGGGGGUGGUGGGGCAGAAGGAGGCUUGCCCCUUGGAAAAACAAUGUUUUUCAUUUUUUUUAAGGUUUACAUGGACCAAUGUUGUUUGUCGGCACAUGUGUAGUAAUGCAUCAUCAUUCCAGUUUGCUUUAACCAUCUGGAACGUUCUGAGGAAGCUCUGCAAUAGUACAGUGAAAGCGUGCUCAACUGAAUUGUUUUGCCCUGUUUGUACUUUUUGGAAAUUUUACAUUUGGAUUAAAUAUUUCUACACUUUG